GGCACCCUACGGCCCUACCUUAGCCUCGUAGUCGAGAGGCAUAUAAAAAAACAGAAGACCUCUUUAUUUCUACAGGCGAAGUGUGCCUUUAGGCUUUAUUUAAACAGGAAAACGCCGACAACCGAUCUCUUUCUAUCAUAGCUCGAAGCCAUUGAAUUUCUAUCAAGCAAAGCAGAAGAGUUUAGUGAAUAGGUGGAGAAAACACGAUGGAAAGAAAAGAGGAGUGUGGUCAUCCUUUGCUGAGAGGGGGUAGGAGAACGAGUAAAUACACCCAUGGUUUCUCUUCUGCUCAGAUCCAAUCACUUGCUGCCAUUUGUGAAACUUUCGUCCCUUCCCUGCCAAUUGAUACCAUCAACAACAAGGAUAGUUCAGCUGACCAGGCUGCCCUUCAGGCUUUCUAUCAAGCUUCUGGGGCUGAGCCCCCAGUUCCCGAUGAGGUGGCAGAGUUGAUGGUGAAGAGGGGUCAACCCAAAGCUAUCUCCUUUGUUAAAGUGGUUUUGACAGUUCUCUCCUUCAGAUUGGGCACACUGUUGCUUUGUGGUUGGCUUUGCUGUGACUGGACAUGGCCAUUCAUUCACAAGUUUUCAAAAAUACCCGUGGAAAGGAGAGAAAAAAUCCUCAUGAAAUGGUCAGGGCAAGCCCAUCCGUUACCUCUAAGAGCUGUUUUUGCAUUGAUCAAAACCUUCUGCUUGUUCAUCUUCUUCUCCAUGACCGAUGAAAAAUCAGAAAACCCAGCAUGGAAAGCAGUAGGAUACAACGUAGACAACAGGCAGAAAAAGGCAUAUCCUCAAGGGCGACCACUUCAAAAGGGCAUCAUAGAAACAAUGCAUGAAGAUGAUUCAACCUUAGUCCAAUCUCUCACUGAGAAAGGCCUUGAAGUGAUGGAAGAUGCAGAGCACAACGUCUACAAGAUCAAAUGUGAUGUAGUGAUAGUUGGUUCUGGUUGCGGUGGAGGGGUUGCUGCAGCAGUUCUUGCAAGCUCUGGCCAGAAAGUGGUUGUUGUUGAGAAAGGGAAUUAUUUUGCAGCAGAAGACUAUACGUCUUUAGAAGGUCCAUCUAUGUUUGAGCUUUAUGAGUCUGGAGGAAUUUUGGCAACCAUGAAUGGAAAAAUCAUGAUCAUGGCUGGGUCAACAGUAGGAGGAGGCUCAGCUAUUAAUUGGUCUGCGUCAUUGAAAACACCGAAGAAUGUUCUCAAGGAGUGGUCUGUGGAUCAUAAGAUUCCAUUCUUUGGCAGCUCUGACUAUGAAUUUGCAAUGGAUGCUGUGUGCAAGAGGAUCGGAGUCACAGAAAAUUGUACGGAGGAAGGAUUCCAAAAUCAAGUUCUUAGAAAAGGGUGUGAGAAUCUUGGUUUGCAAAUCGAGUCGGUUCCAAGGAAUUCUUCAGAGAAUCAUUACUGUGGUUCCUGUAAUUUUGGGUGUAGAACAGGAGACAAGAAAGGAACUGAUUCUACUUGGCUGGUGGAUGCUGUGGGCUGCGGUGCGGUGAUCCUAACAGCAUGCAAAGCUGAGAAGUUUAUAUUGGUGAAUAAUAACGAUGCAAGGAGAAGAAAGAAAUGCCUGGGUGUGAUUGCAACAUCUUUGAACAAAAAUUUGACCAAGAAGCUGUAUAUUGAAGCUAAAGCAACAAUUUCAGCUUGUGGAUCUCUCCUGACUCCUCCUUUAAUGAUUUCUAGCGGGUUAAAAAACCCAAAUAUUGGCAGGAAUCUUCAUUUGCAUCCAGUGCUAUUUACUUGGGGAUACUUUCCAGAAGAUGCAUCAGGAAUCAAAGGCAAAGCGUACGAGGGUGGAAUCAUCACUUCAUUUCGUAGGGUUGUUUCAGAAGAAUCCAAUGUCCAUGCAAUUAUACAAACUCCUGCACUUGGACCGGCCUCAGUCGCAGCAUUAUCCACAUGGGUUUCGGGAAGGGAGCUAAAGGAUAAAAUGGUGAGGUAUCCGAGAUUGGCUCACCUUUUCACAUUGAUCAGAGACCAGGGUUCAGGGGAAGUAAUGGAAGAAGGUAAGAUCAAGUAUCGAUUUAGCGAAGUGGAUAAAGAAAAUCUUAAGAUUGGUCUGAGGCAACUACUAAGGAUAAUGAUUGCAGCUGGGGCGGUGGAAGUAGGAACCCAACGUAGUGAUGGCCAAAGAAUUAAAUGCAAAGGUCUUUCAGAGGAAAGCUUGGAGGAGUUCUUGGAUAAUGUCCCAGUUGUUGGAGGCCCUAGUUCCAAGGAUGAGUAUUGGACCAUGUACGUCUCAGCUCAUCAGAUGGGAAGUUGUAGAAUGGGUGCAAAUGAGGCAGAAGGUGGCGUUGAUGAGAAUGGUCAGAGUUGGGAAGCGGAAGGUUUAUUUGUGUGCGAUGCAAGUGUCCUGCCAACUGCAAUCGGCGUCAAUCCAAUGGUCACCAUACAAUCCACGUCCUAUUGCAUUUCCAAGAAGAUUGCAAAAUUGUUAAAGCAAUGAUCCUUUGGUCAUCCAACCUUUGUCCAAAGUCUCUUCUGUCUAAACUACUAGAGCCAGUCUGAAAAAUGUACCAAUUUCCUGUAAAAUACAUGCACUCUGUACUACAACUACUCGCAAAUAAACCAUGUAUUGUGUCUCAAAUACGUUUAACUAUUGGUUCUUAAAGCUUUCGUUAUGUGAUUGCUUC